UAAGAAGCACAACUGCUUUUGAGUCUGAGUCCCUGUGUUUUCUGUGAGGAAGCUGUAAGAGGGGUGGGACAGAGAUGGCACCUGGGAGCUCUGAGGCACCCGCUCCUUUCUGAGGCAGACAGGGAUCAGGAGCCGGGGAUCAGCCCACCAGCAACGCAUCCGAGGAUGUUCUCAACAUGAGACCAUGGCGCUUAAGAAAAUUAACUACCUGCUCGUCAUCCACCUCAGUUGCUCACUGCUCAUCUAUAUAAAAAAUUCCUUUUGCAAUAAAAAUGACACCAGGUGCCUCUCAAAUUCUUGCCAAAAUAAUUCUACCUGCAAGGAGUUUUCAAAAGACGACGACUGCCAUUGUUCAGACAUAGCCAACAAUUUGGACAAAGACUGUGACAAUGGAAAAAAUCCUUGCGUCUCCAAUCCCUGUCAAGGAAGUGCCACUUGUGUCAACACCCCAGGAGAAAGGAGCUUUCUGUGCAAAUGUCCUCCUGGAUAUAGUGGGACGACCUGUGAAACUGCCGUUAGCUCCUGUGCUAUGAACUUCUGCCAACAUGGAGGUGUUUGCCAUCAGAACCCUGUUCACCCCAUGUGCAUCUGCCCUGCUGGAUAUGCCGGAAGAUUCUGUGAGCUAGAUCAGGACGAGUGUGCUUCCAGCCCUUGCCACAAUGGGGCCAUGUGCCAGGACGGAGUCGAUGGCUAUUCCUGCUUCUGUGUCCCAGGAUAUCAAGGCAGGCACUGUGACUUGGAAGUGGAUGAAUGUGUUUCAGGUCCCUGCAAGAACGAGGCCACCUGCCUCAAUGAGAUAGGACGAUACACUUGCAUCUGUCCUCGUGAUUAUUCCGGUGUAAACUGUGAAUUGGAAGUUGACGAAUGUUGGUCCCAGCCCUGUCUACAUGGUGCAACUUGUCAGGAUUCUCUGGGCGCUUAUUUCUGUGACUGUGCCCCUGGGUUCCUAGGGGAUCACUGUGAACUCGACAUUGAUGAGUGUGCCAGUCAGCCUUGUCUCCAUGGAGGGCUAUGCGUCGAUGGAGGAAACAGAUAUAGCUGUAACUGCACGGGUAGUGGAUUCACAGGAACACACUGUGAGACCUCGAUGCCUCUUUGCUGGUCAAAACCUUGUCACAAUAAUGCUACGUGUGAGGACAGUAUUGACAAUUACACUUGUAACUGCUGGCCAGGAUACACAGGUGCCCAGUGUGAGACUGACAUCAAUGAAUGCAGCAGUAACCCCUGCUGGUCUGAUGGCGAAUGUGUGGAGCUGUCCUCAGAGAAACACUAUGGACAUGUUGCUGGGCUGCCUUCCUCAUUCAGCUACCAUGAAGCCUCAGGUUAUGUCUGCAUCUGUCAGCAUGGAUUCACAGGUGAGGCCAGGGAGACAAGACAUGACUUGGCUUUCUGGCAUUUUAUGGCAGACCAUGGAUUUAACCAGAUGGUGUUUUAG